GGACAUGUGUUUACCUUGGCUCUGUGGUGAAGUUUAAAGUACAGGCUAUAUACCAGGGCAUAUGGACUCAGUCGUUCUUGUAGUGUACCCCUGUCAUUACCUGCUACAAUACUUCCAUCCUCUCGCCCUGUCCUAACCCUCCUGAUGAUGAGUCGCCUGGGUAUAGCCUUGGUUUUGGGGCUGCUGACGGGGGCACGGGCCCAGUUGUUGCUGCAUAAUGUGACCCAUCCGCCCUGCGACUCGCCCGACGUGAAAGCUGCAGCCCUGGUGGCCCAGGAUUACCUCAACGGCCAGCACACGCACGGCUACAAGUACGCCCUGAACCAGAUCGAUAACAUCAAGAUCCUAACCAAGCCUGAUGGAUCAGAGAUCUAUCUGAUGGAAGUGGACCUACUGGAGACCACAUGUCACGUUCUGGACCCUACACCUGUCGCCAACUGCACCGUCAGGCCGAAAGUAGUCACAGCAGUGGAGGGAGAUUGUGAUGUGGUACUAAGAAAGGUUGGAGGAGUUAUGUCUGUCACAGCUUUCAAGUGUAAAACUGAAGAAUCAACGGAGGACCUCUGUGUGGGCUGUGCCUCACUCCUUCCCCUUAACGACACUGCAGGCCUGGCCAUGGUCUCUGCCUCGCUGGUCACCUUCAACAACAGGACAGGCAAAGAGUCAUUGUUUGCGAUCAUGGAAGUCGGACGCAUGUCAACUCAGGUUGUGUCUGGUGGCGCUAGAUACUUGGCAGAAUACGUUAUAGUAGAAACUAACUGCACUGCUGAUGACAGUGAUGACAACUGUGUGCCGCUGACCACUGCUAUGGCACAACGUGGCUUUUGCCAAGUGGCUGGUGUGAGUUCUUUACACUCAAUCCAGUGCAAUAUAUUUGCUGCAACUUCAAUGAUGCCUAUCGUGGACACCAAUGGCACAGUCCCGGUGCCUGCGCCAGUGGUCCACGUACACGCUGGUAACCUCCCCAAGGUCCACGGCCUGAGGCACCACAAACUCACCGCCCUCCACGACCCCGACCUCAGCGGCCUUCUGUCUGCCGAGUCUGGCGAGUCUGGCGAGUCCGAGGAGUCCAUAGUGCCUGUGGUCCCCGUGGUGGUCCCUGUGGUCCCCGUGGUGGUGGUCCCUGUGGGUACCGAAGCGCCCCCUGUGUUCGUAGUCGAUCCAGUUGUAGGCACGGACGCACCUGUUGUAUCUGGGGUGGUGAAGAGGGAAGCCCCAGACAGCCCAGCUAUUGUGUCUGCACUUAUUGCACCUGUGCCAGUGUGUCCAGGGAAGAAGAAUUUUUUCUGAGAAGCGAUCAGAUUUUACAAAGCACAGACUCUUUAAUGUCGCAGUCAUCGAACUGCAUGCGUUGGGCCCACUGCAUGAUCAGAGAAUACCACAUAAGGGCUUGAGUCUGCUUUUCAUUGUGCUUUUACAAGACCUUCCUCAUUAAUUGGUUAGGCAGAGAUUUACUACAUCUUUACUAGCUAUUUGUUCAGGGGGGUGUGUCAUGGUUCUAAACAUGUGGGAGUUACAAGUAAGGGUUAAAAUGUAGGUAAUAACGGUUAAUUUACUACGCUCAAUGUGCAAUGGCUGUAUGUACUCUGAACUGCUCUGUAUCUAGGGGUAAUAAAGAAUUACAUUUUA